AUGUCAAGAGUAUUCCUUGAGGAGGCCGAUCGUCCGCCUCCCGCAUAUUAUCAGAAUAACAACUUGGAUGAACAAAAACCGUUGAAAAUUGUUCCAUUCCAGACGCCAGAUCCAGAAAAAUGGAUAAGCGCACCGGAAUUCGUCCCGAGAUCUAAGCAACUAGCUGAUGCUUUUGGAUUCCCAACGCCUGAUUUUGAUAAUCAGAAUCCUCCUGAAUCUGUUCCGUUUGAUCCGAAUUACUACGAGUACUCUCUACAGAACCAUUUUAUUCCACAAGCAAUGCCUGUUCCAACUCCAUUCAAUGGAAUACCACCGGGUUAUACAGCUAAUAUGACAACAAUCAAUCCCGGCAACGGUCCGCCGAUAGCAGCCAUUUUGCUUCGGAAAAAGAGAAAACGUCGCUCAAAACAUUCAACUAACUCGAUGGUCAACACACAUUCGACAUCGCCAUGUUCCUCUCAUCCAUCGGAUCCAAAUGGAGACAUUUCCUCUUGCGAUGAGUUCCAAAAGAAUUCAGAUGCUGAAAAUUUCAGCGGAUCUUGCCCGGAUUUAACAACUCAACAAAUUCAAAAAUGGGACGACUAUUUGUACGAAACAGCUAAGAAUGUGAAUGAAAACGGGAUUCUCCAUGAGAGUACUGGUGAAAGAACAUCCGAAGAUCUGAGCUCUUCUGUCUACGAAUGCGCCGCACCAGGAAUAUUGGAGACUGCUGCUCAGACGAUUUCUGGAACUUCCAACAAAGAACUUCAGAAAUUAGAUCAGGAAAUCAACGGGAAUGUGAUGACGUCAUCGAUGGUUUUGAGAAAACUCGCAAAUCACCAUACAUACAUUUCCGAUGGAUGUACGGAGAAGACAUUGGAGCAAGAAAUGAAUGAGUUGACAUUCAGAAAACCAGUAGUACCGCAGAGAUACGGUUACCCACAAAUUGAUAACAAUGUGUCGCCUUAUGUUCAUUUGGCUACCAUCGAUCCUAAGAAAAAGAAAAUCAAAAAUCAUUUGAUUGAUAAGGAUGCAUUGAAAGCUUAUCUUGACGAGGAAGCAGAGGAAGAGGAAGAUUUUCUAGAAGGACUAAACAUCACUGUCAAUAACUUUGACACUUGUGAAGACCUGAGCCUUUCGGAUGUGGAACAACCAUCAAGAUUCCAACAAUUCCAAGAGGCGAUUCGGAAGAAUACGGUAGUGAUUGCCACAGAUUUGCAGGCACCUGAUAGACAGUGUUGCACUAUUAUGUAG